AGUUUGCAGUUGAGUGCGCCAGGGCAACACGGCUGAAUUAUAUAACUUUAAUGUACUCACGGGUUUAAUGGCGCAACGGCAGAAUUUUGCGCCUCAGAUCUGACGAUUCAUUGCGGAUUUGUCGUGAGAUUGCGAACAAAGUGACCGAUCGAUCGCUCCCUCCCCCUCUACCGGCGUUAAAAGUUAUCGACAGAUCGGCGAAACGGCGCACACGGUGGAUCGCUAGGUCAGCGACGCUGUUGACUUUAGUUAUAAAAUAGUUGAUAUUGCGGACGAUGUUUUCCAGCCAUACGGGGAGAGAGGCGGCAACGAAUCCAGUUGACAUUUCACCACGCAACAUUACUACUGCAAGGAAGGGGUUUUACUUGGGAGCUUGACUGUGUGGACAUUGCGUUAUUUCUCCGAUUUUUUCCCUCCAGCUCGGACUUACGGGAAAUGACCUGACCGGUGGAGUGCAUUCCUUUUUCACUACAGGAUAAAGAAAUGGAUCAGGGUGGACUGAAGCGCAACGGUAAUCGAGACGACAGCCUGACAUUUGGGGAGACAGGAGUCGGAGUAGGCAGAGAUACAGGUGACACAGCUGGUUCACUGCUCCAGUCUGCAAUGCACCUGCCCAGCCCCGGGUCUCUGCCCCAGCCCACAGUGGCACCAAAUGGACGGGCUGGAACCAAAGACCAGGGGGAGUUUGGAGGCCUCUUUGAGUCCCCUCAGCGACAAGCCCUGUGUGAGGGGUCAGACAUGAAGGAGGAUAAAAACAUCACAAUGCAGAAACGACAACAACAACAACACCAGGAUAUUGGUAUGUUUACCAUGGAGGACAAUUUGCCGUUGCUGAACCAGAGCAUUUCCGAUCUUGACCGGAUGUCCACCUCUGUCAUCAACACCUCAGACAGCUCUGUCCUGGUCAACCUCCCUCUGCCUGACCUUUUCCCCCAGCGCAUCAAGCAGGAGGGGAGUUUUUCCCUGGAAAAGGACUUAGGAACUUACAGCGGACAUACAGGCACUGGUCCGUGUGAUUUGGAUGGCAACAGCAGUCGCCUAAUUGAGGAUGUUGAGAUUUGGCAAGACCUGGACCUUCCUAGUUCAUUGCCAGAAAUCAGUGAUUUUGAGUUGGAUUCAGAAGUGGCCCACUUGGAUAACAUCCUACAUGACAGCAGCGGUGUUGGUGGUCCUGACGGUGGCUUGCUAAAGGAAACAAAGCCACUGGUGGGUAACGGAGGAAACUGUACCAAUGUGAACGGCACGGACCAGCAGCACCCCAUACACCAUCAUCAUCACCAGCAGCAGCAGCAGCAGCACCACCUACUACAGCACCAGCAGCAUCAGCUUCACCAUCAACAUCAGCAGACUCCAUCUCUUCUCUCCAGCGUUAUGAUCAAGGAAGAGAAAGACCCCGACGACUCUUUCAUCCACAUCCGUACCCCUGGUGUAGUCAAACAGGAGAAACAGGACAGCGCUGGUUUCUGCCAGUCACAGUGUCUCCAGAGCAGCAUGAGCUCUCUCCAUGGAGGAGGUCCAAUGUCCUCACCCAUGGGUGUCGGCACAGGACCUGGCUACCACUACAAGGCCAACCCAUCCGCCACAGUAGGCCUACAAGACCAGAAACCUUUUGGCUUGUACCCAAACCUGCCUCCAGUAGGGGAGAGCUGGGCCAGGGGGAACAGGUAUGGAGAGUCAUCUGGGUUACAGAGGGGUGAUGAUGGACUCCCCUCUGCUGCAGCCUUGGCUACUUUUUCUGUCAGCUUCUCCAGCUCGUCUACCAGAACAGGAGAGACCAGCAGUUCUGCGGUUCCAGGCCAAUCCAAGCCCAGCGGACAGACCCAUAAGAUCUGUUUGGUGUGUUCGGAUGAGGCCUCAGGAUGUCAUUAUGGCGUUGUAACCUGUGGCAGCUGCAAAGUGUUCUUCAAGAGGGCUGUCGAAGGAUGGAGAGCACGACAAAACACAGAUGGCCAACACAACUACCUCUGUGCAGGGAGGAAUGACUGUAUCAUUGAUAAGAUCCGCAGGAAGAACUGUCCAGCCUGCCGCUUCAGGAAAUGUCUUCAAGCCGGAAUGAACUUGGAAGCGAGGAAAAACAAGAAGCUGAUCAAGAUGAAAGUGCACCGCCCCCCUGCGUCAUCAGAGCCCGUCAGCAACAUGCCUGUUCCAGUCAUCCCCAGGUGCAUGCCCCAACUCGUGCCCACCAUGCUGUCUGUGCUCAAGGCCAUCGAGCCAGAGAUCAUCUACUCGGGCUAUGACAGCACUCUGCCUGACACCUCCUCACGGCUCAUGACCACUCUCAACAGGUUGGGGGGACAGCAGGUCAUCUCUGCAGUCAAGUGGGCCAAGUCACUGCCAGGCUUCCGCAACCUGCACCUGGACGACCAGAUGACAUUGCUGCAGUGCUCCUGGCUCUUUCUAAUGUCCUUCAGUCUUGGUUGGAGGUCAUAUGAGCAGUGUAACGGUAGCAUGCUCUGCUUCGCCCCUGAUCUCGUCAUCAACAAAGAGCGCAUGAAGCUGCCUUUCAUGACCGACCAGUGUGAGCAAAUGCUGAAGAUCUGUAAUGAGUUUGUCAGGCUGCAAGUGUCCUAUGAUGAGUACCUGUGCAUGAAGGUCCUAUUACUGCUCAGUACAGUGCCGAAAGAUGGCCUGAAGAGCCAGGCGGUGUUUGAUGAGAUCAGGAUGACGUACAUCAAGGAGCUGGGAAAAGCCAUCGUCAAGAGAGAGGAGAACGCUAGUCAAAACUGGCAGCGCUUCUACCAGCUUACUAAGCUACUGGACUCCAUGCAGGAGAUGGUCGAGGGUCUCCUCCAGAUUUGUUUCUACACCUUUGUGAAUAAAACCCUCAGUGUGGAAUUCCCAGAGAUGCUGGCAGAGAUCAUCACCAAUCAGAUACCAAAAUUCAAAGACGGGAGCGUCAAGCCUCUGCUGUUUCAUCAGAAAUAACUGCCUUAAACUGUGAAGCAAUGACUUAAAUCCUCCUCCAGGAGCACAAUUCCUGUGGCCUCACGCCUCCUAAUCCGGUCCCAGAUUUGGCCAAACUACAAUAGGACACCCCACCACCACCAACCUGUAGCCCUUCCUCUUGGCUAACCAAGAAGAAUUUGGACUCCAGGGGAAAUGUUUUGGCUCUGAAUGUCUUGUGGGCAGGCUGCAUUUUUUUUUUUUUUUUUGUUUACCCAGCCACUUACCCCAUCUUACGUCUCUCCUGCCUCCAGUGUUUUACUGCUGUUUUCACUGACAAGCCAACACCUAGAUCCACCUAGCCAACACCUUUUCCUCCUUCAGCAUGGCACCUAACAUACUGUCCAAUGCGCUGAAUUAUCAACCUGUUGAAGCUUGCCCCAAGUUUGGGUUCCUCUGCUCACCUGCUUGUCUCCGUUUGCCCUUCCCAGCUCCACUGCACAGAGAAUGUAGUGUUCACUUGUUGUGGUUUCCUGAGAACUGUUGGCGAUGAAGGGGACAAACAAAAACACAAAAAAAUUAGAAACAUACUCUGGCAUGAGAGAAUCUUUUUUUUUUCUUCUCCCUGUGAACCCAAGGACAGUGAGGACAAACUGUUUUCAGCUGUGAAUCAGUCACCUUCUCUGAAAUGAAACAGAUCAGAUUAAUAUACCUGACCAAUGGAAGAAAAGAAAAAACAGCUUGAGGAAUA